AUGAACCAGAAGUCGUUACUUGAGCUUGAACCCGCUACAAAUAAUGGGGCACGAGAAGCGUCAAGACCAGUGAUUCGUGAAGUGAAUUCACUUGCAAGACUAUCAGCAACCGCCUACAGUCAACAGCAGAUGUCACAAUUAAUCCCUGAGGAGGAGGAGGAGGGGGAGUCACAAGAGCCACCGCAAGGCUCUUCCAGUACUGCGCAUCCUCUCGGUGAUGGUGAUCUGAACUCAACUGAAUUGAACUGA